AUGUUCCCCAACAAUCUCGAGGAUGUGUCCAGCGGGGCUCGCCUGGCAGAGGAAAUGGGAUUCGACUACGUGGGAAUUGCCGAUUCCCAGUCGUUGGCCCGCGAGCUGUAUGUAACUCUCGGGGUCGUGGCCGCGGCGACCGAACGUGUCAUGCUCGGGCCAACGGUCAGCAAUCCCCUGACCCGCCACCCGGCGGUCGCCGCCUCUGCCAUAGCGUCUAUCAACGAGUUGUCCAGGGGCCGGGCAUUCCUCGGCCUGGGCAGCGGCGACAGUGCUGUGCUUAACUUGGGACUGCGUCCGGCGCGUCUGGCCGAACUGCACCACUACAUCCAGAGCGUCCGCGAGAUGCUGGCGGGAGAAACCAGCGAAUUCCGCGGCGACCGGACCCACGUUCGCUGGUCCAACACCACGAUUCCCGUAGCAAUGUCCGCCGAGGGUCCGCGCACGCUGGCCAUGGCGGGAUCCAUAGCCGAUGCCGCUAUCAUCCACACGGGCCUUACCCCCGAGGUGCUGCAUGAUACAGUUGCCCGCAUCCGCGAGGGUGAACGCUCUGCCGGCCGGGCACCUGGGGCAACCGGCGUAUGGGCCUUCGCCAAGUGCAACAUCGCAGACGACCGCGACGAGGCCGUUGGGGGAAUCAAGAUGGCCCUGGCCGCCUCAGGCCAUCACGCCUUUCGGUUCACCCUGGAGGGCAAAAACGUGCCGGAGGAAUACCGCGAGGCCGUGUCCAUCCUGCACCACGAAUACGAGGCCGCCGAGCACGAGCAGGUAGGCCAGACCCGCAAUGCGGUACUAACCGACGAGCUGGGUCUUACCGACUACUUCGCCGACCGGUUCGCCGUCGUCGGCACUCCCGGGGAGUGCCGCGAGAAGGCCCGGGCCAUCUUUGACGCUGGAAUUGACGUGCUCCUGAUAACCGCCAUAGGCCCCUCCCCCGAGACCAUCAUCCGCCGCUUCGGCGAAGAGGUCAUCGCCCCGCUCCGGAAUUUGUAA